AUGGCAGCGACGGUUCCUUUCUCUCUCAUUAGGAACUAUUCGCAAUUGGUGUCUACAAGAGCUUUUCUUGUAAAAGCGAACAGCUACAAUUUCUCCAACUCUGUUCUUCCUCUCCAUAGUCGUAGGUUGCGUUUUAGUGCCUGUGCUGCAAACAAUGAACAAGCAGCAGCCAGAGCAGCUGCUAUUAAUGCUGAUAGUGGUGCUCCAACAAUAUUUGACAAGAUCAUAAAUAAGGAAAUCCCUUCUAGUAUUGUAUAUGAAGAUGAAAAGGUCCUCGCCUUUCGGGACAUCAGUCCACAAGCUCCAGUUCAUGUUCUGAUCAUUCCAAAAUUCAGAGAUGGAUUAACAGAGCUUGGGAAGGCUGAUGCUAGACACGGGGAGAUACUCGGUCAGCUUCUCUAUGCAGCAAAAAUAGUAGCUGAGAAAGAAGGUAUCGCCGAUGGAUUCCGUGUUGUUAUUAAUAGUGGUGCCAGUGCAUGCCAAAGUGUGUAUCAUUUGCAUUUGCAUGUUCUAGGUGGGAGACAGAUGAAUUGGCCACCUGGUUAA